UCAGCCUGGUUUAUAUUACCGUUAUACUAAAAGUAAAAGGUUAAGUUUUAGUUAUUUUGACUAUCCGGAUAAACAAGGAAAGUAUUUUGUGGAAGUAGACGAUAAAAUUACCAUUACUCCUUAUGAAAUUGAGAAGGAUAGUGAAUUAUCUGAAACUGAAAAAACCAAAUCGGAG